CCUCCUCCACUUGCGAGCCAACCGGGCGCGGCCAAUAUCUGCUCUUCUAUUAUGCUACACUAUGAACUGCUCCGAAAUAACAUUCCCUUAAACCCCAAGAUCAAAACGGCAAAGCCCGCAACAUGUCAUCUUCCUCAAUACGAAAUCGCCUCACACUCUUGGCUCUCCUUUCUGCCACCACCUUCUAUUUCGUCUACAAAUCUCGCCGCAUCAACAAACUUCUCAGUCUCUCUUUAAACCUCAAAAAAACUAGCCCUGAGAAGGGAAAGCUCUUUUUUAUCUCACAAACUGGCACUUCAAAAACGCUAGCUCGCCGUCUGCACUCUCUCCUGACCUCUCAGAACUUCCCGUUCGAUCUCAUCGAUCCACAGAACUACGAGCCCGAAGACCUACCCAAAGAAACCCUGAUCAUAAUUAUUGCUUCAACAUGGGAAGACGGAAAGCCUCCUGAAGCAGCUAAAUUUUUUACCAAUUGGUUGGCUGAAAGUGCAAAUGACUUUAGAGUGGGUUCUUUGCUGCUGUCGCAGUGUAGGUUUGCGGUUUUUGGCGUUGGAAGUAAAGUUUACGAAAAAACUUUCAAUUUGGUGGCGAAAGAUUUAUCUAAGAAAAUGAGAGAAUUGGGUGCGGUUGAGAUUUUACCGGUUGUUGAGGGUGACGUGGAUGGUGGUGAAUUGGAUGUUGUUUUUGAGCAUUGGAGUAGAAGAUUAGUUGGGGUUUUGAAGGGGGGUGAUCAAGCGGGGAUUGGCAACAUUGAGAGUGUUGUGAAAAUGGAAAGUGAGGAUGAUAAUCAUUAUGAUGUUGAUGAGGACGAUGAAGAGGAGGAAGAAGUUCAAUCAGAGGUGGUUGAUCUUGAGGAUAUUGCGGGUAAAGCACCCUCUAGGAGGUCGGUAAAUAUUGCUGAAACUAAUGGAACAGUCAAGAACGGCAAGAGAGAUAUGGUCACUCCAGUUAUUAGAGCCAGUUUAGAGAAGCAGGGAUAUAAAAUUAUUGGUUCACACAGCGGCGUAAAAAUCUGCAGAUGGACCAAGUCACAACUGAGAGGCCGUGGAGGUUGCUACAAGCACUCAUUUUAUGGCAUAGAGAGCCAUAGAUGCAUGGAGGCUACCCCUAGUUUAGCAUGUGCCAACAAAUGUGUUUUCUGCUGGAGGCAUCAUACAAAUCCUGUUGGGAAGAGUUGGCAGUGGAAGAUGGAUGACCCACUAGAGAUUGUAAAUUCAGCAAUAGACCUUCAUACAAAGAUGAUUAAGCAGAUGAAAGGAGUUCCUGGUGUUACGAUGGAGCGGAUAACUGAAGGCCUUACUCCUAGGCAUUGUGCCUUAUCACUUGUUGGUGAACCAAUUAUGUAUCCGGAGAUCAACUCUCUUGUGGAUGAGCUGCACCAAAGGCGGAUUUCUACAUUUCUUGUCACAAAUGCACAGUUCCCUGACAAGAUUAAAGAACUGAGGCCUGUCACACAGUUAUAUGUUAGUGUAGAUGCUGCAACAAAGGAAAGCCUAAAGGCAAUUGACAGACCACUCUUUGGGGACUUCUGGGAGAGAUUUAUUGAUUCCUUGAAGGCUUUGAGAGAUAAACAACAGCGAACGGUAUAUCGCUUGACACUAGUGAAAGGGUGGAACACAGAAGACAUAGAUGCUUAUUCUAAACUCUUUAGCCUUGGAAAUCCUGAUUUUGUUGAAAUUAAAGGCGUUACAUACUGUGGAUCGUCUGUUACGUCAAAGUUGACAAUGGAUAAUGUUCCUUGGCAUUCUGACGUGAAAGCCUUUUCAGAGGCUUUGGCUUCAAAAAGCGAAGGGGAGUAUGAGGUUGCUUGUGAGCAUGUUCACUCAUGUUGUGUUCUCUUGGCAAAAACUGAGAAGUUCAAGGUCAAUGGCCAAUGGUUCACAUGGAUUGACUAUGAAAAAUUCCAUGACCUGGUGGCUUCUGGAAGACAUUUCGGCAGCAAGGAUUACAUGGCUGCAACACCAUCAUGGGCUGUCUAUGGAGCUGAGGAAGGUGGAUUUGAUCCAGAUAUGUCUCGGUAUAGGAAGGAGCGCCAUCACAAAUCAAAGCCGUGGAACCACAGGGUUGAGGAUCAGGAAUAGUCUUUUAGUUGUCAAAAUUUCAACCCUUUCUUAUAUUUUGUUUUUUUCUCUUUUUCCUCUUAUGAUUAUGAAUGGUUUCGUGGUACCUGGAUAUACUCAAGGGCAUCAAUUAUUGGUUUGCAAUGAUUUUUUGAUGCACCUGUAUUAGCAUUUAGCCGUUCCAUCUCUUACAGAGAUGAAUUUUGUAAUACUUUACUUUUGAUUUUUUGUAUUGCUACAUCUGUGUUCCGUUUAUAUUUAAAUAAAAAAAAAAAAAAGGUUGCUGAGCAA